UUCCUCUCCACAGAUUCAAUCACAGCAGAGCAAAAAAAAAAAAAAAAAAAGAAAGGAAAUAUUUUGAAUUGAAAAACAAAAAUUAAAGCAACCUACCUUCUGCUCCUUUAUUUCCCCUUAUGAGAAACCAGAGAGUGCAAAAUUUUCUCUACUCUUUUUAAUUUAUUCGUCUAAAUUUGAGUGUCUUUGUUUAUUGGGGUGAAUUAAUAUGGGAACUGAAGUUUUAAGGCCUCACGAUUGUUUGAUCGAACGGAUCCGGGUUGCUCCGACGGGUUGUUAUCGCCGAAGAUACGGAAAUGGUAGCUUUAACUCUAGUUACUAUUAUAAUAAUAACAAUAACAGCAACGGGAAUGGUAAAUUUAACAGGAAACCCGUUCAGAGGAAGCGGGUCGUAUCGGAUCAAGCGAUUUCGAAGAGAUUUAGCUCCGCUGAUGACUUGAAGACGGUGAGGAACAAUGUUACGAUGGAGAAGGUUACGAUUUUGAGACGAGGAGAGUCGUUGGAUUCGAAGAUUAAGAGCAACAACGGAGGUGGAAGAGAAGACGUGUUGGUUGUUACGGGUACGGAUAGGUUGGGUCCGGAUCCUGAAAUGGUUCCGAAACAGACCAAAAUUAUGGAUAUUAAGUCUCCGGUUACCGGAAAAUCUGACGUGUACGCCGGAUCGGCUUUUGCUGUCUCUCCGGCGCCGAGUUCACUUCCUUUGCCUUCUUUCUCGAAGAAGAAACAGCUUUCUAUUGAUGAUUCAGCUACUAGAGAUCUCAGGCGUUUGCUUCGGCUCGAUCUCUGAGAGUGAAAAGAAGAGGAAAGGGGAAAAGAACUUUAAAAAGGCGGUGCCUUGGCUGGAAUCAUGAUUAAAGUCUUGUUUAUCAACCUUUUUUGGUGGGAAAAGGACAAUUAUUUAUGUUCAUUUGUGUUCGCCGUGUGGAAUUCCUUCCCGUUCUAUGUUUGUCCAAACUGGGCACCAACGACCAAAAGCAAUUGGUAGGGGGUGUAAUCAAGUCGAUUUUCAAGAUUAGAUUCAGAAUUUGAUCUGAAUUCAACAAGCUAUACGUUGUAAGCUCAACUCGUAAUUUACUUAUACAAUUCCAGUUUCAUUA